AUGGAAUCCACCAUGGAUAUUGCCCAACUGGUGGCUCAGAUGCAGGAUACACUGUCCACCAUCCACACCACUCUCGCCUCUCUCAACACCGCCGAACACGAUGCGAAGCUUGACGAGCUGGAAGCCAGGCGUGAUAAUACCAUCAAACAUUUGCUAGCCGCCUUUUCUGCCGAGUCCGAGGUCCUGCACCAAAAGAGACUGGCUCAGCGUGAAGAGAUCGCCGAGCGCCGCAGGAUCGAAGACGAGGAGCGGGAAAGACGGAGGCGCCAAGAAGAUGAAGAGCUGGCAGAAAGAGACAAGCAAGAAGAUGAAGCACGGGAUGGCAGGCUUCUGCACGAGACAAAUGAGGUGGAAGAGGAAACGGACCACCUUAUGAUUGAGAUUGAGGAGGAAGCUCAGAGGGCCAUUGAUGAGGGGCAGAAGAAGUUGAUGGGCCUGGAAGAACGGAGAAAGGUCCGCAACCCCUACCCAAGAGUAUUAUGUGUACCCCAUGUGCUAACUGUCUCUCCAACAGGAGCUCAACCACCUCAUCGAGGAGCAGCUGAGGGCACCAAUCAUCCCUUCUCCACCCAAGAGAUCGAGGCGAGGCAGCAACCUGCCGCCAGCUGUGGCUACACCAAGUAA